UGUAUACGAAACAGUCACAAAAUUUUAGUGUUAGAUAUAUAAGAUUCGGAAAAGUCGAAUAUAUAGAACUUUAGCAUGUUAUGUCUUUCGAAAAUUUGUAUUUAAUUUUAGAAUGGCAGUUUAAUGAUUCACAGUGAUAAAAACAUAUUGGAGAGGAAUGAAUAUUGUUUCGAUUUUCAGAAGAUUGAAAUUGACAAUGAAAUGUUUGAUUUGAUAAAUCCUAAAAUAUGUGCUAAAAAGCGGCAAGGUUUAGGACCAUUAGAGAAAUUUAACUAUUACUUACAAGUACUUUCGGUAAUAUUUUUAAUUUUAACCAUUAUUGUAUAUUGUUCCAUACCCGAACUUUUGAAUGUUCAUGGAAAAUGUCUAUUAACUUAUGCUGGUUGCUUGGCAAUGUCGUUCAGUAUUUUUAGUUUUAUAAAUCUUUCGGAGAUACGAUUUCCGAUAGCACCCUGUUUAAUAUUAGGUUAUUUAAAUCUCUUUUUGCAAUUAUCACAUUUCUCUUGGUUGGGUAUAAUUAGCUAUGAUAUUUGGAAGUCUUUCAGUGAUUUAAACUAUGAUACAACAUAUCGUAGAUAUGUCAAGUAUGGCUUUGCAUUGCCCUUUCUCAUGAUACUUUUUACAUAUGGAAUGCAAAAUUUUGAUAUAUAUGAGGGACUUAAACCGGGUAUUAGUUCAAAUCGUUGUGGUUUGGAUGUUUAUAAGUGGUCCGCCGUUUUAUAUCUAUAUGGACCGUGUUUAAUUAUUUUGAUACUUUGCGUGAAAUUCUUUUAUGAAAUGUUUAAGAUAAUCAAUACAAAUGAUAGAGAACUUAAAGAAACUGAAGUAAUGCUGCAAAAUGAUUCUCCCAAUAAACGUUACACUCUUUUUUUGCGUUUAUUUAUGAUGAUGGGUAUAUCGUGGAAUUUGGAUGUUCUCUCAUAUAUACUUCAUAUGGUACAUUGGAAAACUCUCUCUUCAAUAGUUGAUUAUAUUAAUUCUUUACAGGGAAUGUACAUAUUUAUUAACUUCAUUGUACGAAAGCGUAUUUGGAACAUAAUUCAUCGUAGGUAUAUUUCCAAAGAAGUUUAGAAGAUAAUGAAAUCAUUUUUUUACCUGUACUUUUAAUGCAUGUGAAACAUUUAAAUUUUAUCUCUAAAAUAUUUAUAUAAUAUCGUAAAAUUUAUUUAAUAUAUAUUAUGAAUAAGUAUUAAAAUUGUGUA